UUAUCUGGCCAUAAUCAGAUAAUGCCUAGAGUUGAUGUAGGCCUAGUAUUAAAAGGAUUUUCGGUUAAGAAUAUCAAAUGUUUCAAAUUUUGUUAUGCUGACAUUUAGACUUAUCUAGAUUUUCAGACAAUCCAUCAGAAAUGUUCUAGCCCAAAGUCUCUUGCAGGAUAGCAGGAUUUCAACUCUGGACCAUAGUCAUAAAAAACUUAAACUAAUCUAGUGUAUUACACGGAAGACAACCAGUUGGCAGACCAAUAGUUGGACGCCCACCAAUUCCACCACCUAUAGAUCCAAUUGCAGAGACAAUGGCCUACACCCAACUGUGGUACAGUUGGGAGUCAUUGAACUCCAUUAAUAGUAAUAUUGGACACUUUGACUUAAUUAAAGAAUUUGAUGAUCUCUGCAACCUUUAUCAUUCAUGUGAAGGAGAACAAAAUAUGAACAUGUCCUCCUACAUAAAAAUGGUACUGGACAUGAAGGCCAAAAGAUCUACAGAAAAAUUUAACAAUUUUAGUGAAGCAGUUUCAAAAUUGGAUAGAGAACAAGCAGAAUUGGUUGAGUUUUUGAGCGCUCACUCAAUUGAAGUUCAUCCUAUUUGUAAUAGUGCUGGCAUGCCGGCUUUUAAGAAUUCUAAACAAAUUCCUAAAUAUCCAUCAUCUGCCUUUUCACCAUCAGUUGUCACAAUGUCUGAAAGAAAAUUCCCUGCAACUUUGAAUGAAUGCGAAGACCAGAAUGCUAGACAGUGUCAUGUGAGCUCAGGAAAAAAUGAACAGAGCACAACACCGUUUCUGUGUACUUUUUGUCGACAAAAUGGGGAGACAGAAGAAUAUUACAAGUCUCACAACUUGAAAGAUGCCAAGGGCAAAAUUGUUUGUCCCACUUUAAGGUCUUUUGUCUGCCCGUACUGUAAGGCAACUGGUUCUAAUGCUCACACUGCUUCUUAUUGCCCAAGUAAUGCAGACACAGUCAGAACAAAACAUUCCCCUCACAAGCGAUAUAAAGAUGGUUACACCAGAUACAGCCAUGGGCUUAAGUAUACUGGGUAAGAAAACAAUGACCUUUAAUGUCUUGUGUUGUCAUUAGUUAAUAUAUUAGUACUAUUACUAAUACAUUUUCAAAAGAAAAAAUAGUUCUAAAAAGGUUGUCUGCUUACUUGGGCUGUAGUAGCAUGUUAUGUUGUUUUUUUUGUUUUUUAUGGAAAAUGUUUUUUAGCAAAUUUAUUUUUUUGUUUGUUUUUAUUGUGUAAAUGUCUACAAAUGAGAACGCUACCAGAAGCAUAGAAAAUUAAGGUAUAUGAAAUUAUCAAAAUUAAAUGUGGAAUUAGUAACCUACUUAUGUAAUUCCAUUUUUUAAAAUUAACUUCAUAACUUCUUGUGCAUAACAUCUACUAUACACGUAUAUGCAAUUCCUUAUUUAUGCAUUAAUAUUAUACUGAUAUUUGAUAUCCAUUUAGACAUUCAACAGUGUACAUAUAUGUAUUACAUAUUUUGCUUAAAAUCAUUUUUUUUUGUAAUCCACAAACGGUAAUGGUCUAUUACAUUUUCAUUAAUAUAUUUUUUUGCUUACCAAUGUGUAUAUCUUUAAUUGUUUUUGUUUCAUUAAUGCUAAACAUGUGUUGUGCUAUGUUAUGAUUUUACAUUUAAAUUUGUUGUGAUGCUUAUUCCAAUACUGUUCUGUAAUGAUAGGACCAUUGAAUGGAACAAACCAUAUUUAUCCAUAUUUUUAGCUGUUUUGAAAGCUUGUGUGGUUCAAUGCUUUUGUUUGUUGUUAUUCCACAAGUGUUUUUUUUUUUAUUUAGGGUGAGUCCUAAAAAUUAGACUGUAUCUUUAGCACAUUGAAGAGUACAUGUUAGUUUGUUCUAUUUAUACUAUAUAUUGUUUAAUGUGUGUGAUUCGUAAAAUGUAUUUUAAGUGGUUACUUCCUUGUAUGCAUUCUUUCCAACUAAAAACUAGAUCUGUAACUAAUUUUGGAUAUACCAUAUCUAUAUGAAUAUGAUCUAUAAAUAAAAUGCAAAAUAUACCUGAUAUGUAUGCAUAUAAAUAUCUGUAAUAAAAUAUUCAGAUGAACCUCUGUAUUACAGUAUUGUUAUAGUACUUGUAAUUAUACAGUAUAAUAA